GCUUCAACGAGACUCUCCGGGAAACCUACAUCACGCAGAUUUUGCGUGCCACCAAAGCUCAGUGCAUCACUACGAGCCCGCCGACAAAGUGGCCGCGCACCCUGAACAGAGACUUCAUUGCCGGCUGGAUCGCGGCGCACGGGGACAAUUGGGAAUCGACGCUCACUUCAGGCCUUCAAGUAUGGCAGCCCCGGAAAGAACAUCGCCAGGGUCUCACAACGAUCACUCUCGAGGACUGGGGCAUCGCCCUGGGGGUGUCCUUCAAAGGGUACCGGCAGGACCUACGCCCCCAAUACGUGCAACAGAUCUUGGACGCAGCGCGGGCACUUCCACGCAGCUCGACACCACACGACACCAGGCGGACGAAGUGGCCUCGCAUACUCACCGCCGACUUCAUCUCUACGUGGAUUGCGGAUCAGGGCGAGUCCUGGGAAACGACUCUAGAAUCCGGCCUGCAAGCCUGGAGCCCUGCCAAAAAGCAGCGGCACGGCAGCUUCGACAUUACUAUCGAGGACUGGUGCGUCGCCCUAGGGGUGUCCUUCAAAGGGUACCGCCAAGCCUUGCGGCCCCAAUACGUGCAACAGAUCUUGGACGCAGCGCGGGCACUUCCACGCAACUCGACAGCAGACGACACCAGGCGGACGAAGUGGCCUCGCAUACUCACCGCCGACUUCAUCUCUACGUGGAUUGCAGAUCAAGGCGACUCCUGGGAGACGAUUCUAGAAACCGGCCUGCAAGCCUGGAGCCCUGCCAAAAAGCAGCGGCACGGCAGCUUCGACAUCGCUAUCGAGGAAUGGUGCAUCGCCCUGGGGGUGCCCUUCAAAGGGUACCGCCAAGCCUUGCGGCCCCAAUACGUGCAACAGAUCUUGGAUGCAGCGCGGGUACUUUCAGAUAGUUCGACAGCAGACCACAUCAGGCGGACGAAGUGGCCCCGCAUUCUCACCGCCGACUUCAGCUCUACGUGGAUUGCAGAUCAAGGCGAGUCCUGGGAGACGACUCUAGAAUCCGGCCUGCAAGCAUGGACCCCUGCAAGAAAGCAGCGGUACGGCAGCUUCGACAUUACUAUCGAGGACUGGUGCAUCGCCCUGGGGGUGUCCUUCAAGGGGCACCGCCAGCCGGCAAAAAAGCAGAGAGGCUCCGACGACAUCACCAUCGAGGAGUGGUGCGCAGCUCUGCUCAUUCCAUUCAAAGGUUUCCGCAACGACCUCCGGCCGCAGUACAUCGACCGCAUCCUUCACGCUACUUGCACUCUGCGAGCGGAGCCUCACUGGCCAGACGACCUCGACGCAACAUUCAUCAAGCAGUGGGCUCGCCAGAACCCCCAGGAGUGGGAACACCGCCUGCGCGAGUGGCUCCCUACAUGGAAUCUCCGCACCACACGCACUGCCGCCCCCAUCACUGUCACAGCGUGGUGCGUCGCGCUGUGCAUCCCUGUCGGCCACGACCAACUCUCUGCCGCUCUCCUGCCGGAGUACACCGAAAAAACCAUCCACCACGUCAACAUGCCCCUGCGCAUUCCGACAUGGGACCUGCCUCUGCGCACCGCCGCAGUCGUCCAGUGGGCGAAGCAACAUCCAGACGAGUGGCCUCCCAUUCUGCAACUCUCCCUUGACACCUGCGGCGUGCACUCACCAUCCAGCGACGCGACGCUCGAGCCAACGCUGGAAACGUGGUGCUCUGCUUACGACAUAGACUCCACGGACCUGCACAAACGUCGUCGGCAACGCGCGAAACAGAUCGUCGCCGACACUGAGCUCUACGUGACCCUGCCGAUUACCGCAGACGACUUGCACGCCCUAUGCACCUGCAACUACGACACAGUGCACCAAGAGGCUGCUAAGAGCGCCCUUCGCCUGUCGCCCGCGUCUGGCCGAGACUCUCCACGGCCCGGUUCGGAGACCAACAUCGGUUCCACUCGGUUCUCAACCGCAAAGUUCUCUUCCGAGCCCAGCUCUCCGAAGAGGAAGUCCAGCAAUGGGAACGACACCUCGGGCGCGACAUCUGGACUGAAACGGCCGUCAGCGAUUCCUACAUUCCUGCCGGCCUUCUUCGUGACCAGGGCACUCGACAUUCGUUCCCUCGCAUACCUCUCUGUGGCGCCCCCGUCGCAUGCUACCUUUGUGGCCAUGGCUGCGACCCGAAGGAGGGGCAGCGGUCUCAAUGAGCACCUACCCGAGGUCCACUGCAGCGUCGACGGCCUGGACGCCUUGCGCCUCGAGGAAGAGUACCGCAAGAGAGUUUACGGCACAAGCGUCGUGCACCCUUGGGCCACCGAUUCCGACGGCACUGCCUGGCGAUGGAUACUGGACAGCACAACUAUCCCUGUCUCCACGGACGGUGGCCCUGGUCUACAGCCGGACAACACGCUGCGACCAUACUCCGACGGCAGCUUUCCUUCCAUACCCACGUGCCUGAGCUGCAGACUCGACCUCUCCAAGAACACGCCCCUCCUCCCUCGGUGCGCGCUCGCUAACGACAACCUCAUCCUGCGAGAACCUGUAGCGUUCCGGAAACACGGUGCGAAGCUAUCUCCCAUGACGUUCGCCAUGCUCGCCCUCGCCCGCAUGCUCGUGCGGGAAAUAAUCGCUGAGAAAACAAAGAAGGCGGAUCCCCGCACGAAACAGAAGGGAUUGCGUGGCAAUUCAAUUUGCUUCCCGCAGGCGCACGCCAGGGAGCUGGUGACCCAAGUUUCUCAGCAGUUCUCCGCAGACGGCCUCUCCAUCGCGCUUGCGGGUGCAUCCGUGGACGACUUGGACAAGGCUACGUGGGCUGAGCUUACCACGCCCUCGACAUCGACGAAGACGAAGCCGCACGACGACUCCAAGAAGCGGGGCACAGCUGCGCUGAAGUUCUCCAACAAGCCACUAGCAUUCAAGCCACCACACACACGGACCGCCGACGACCUUUGCCCCGACUCCGACGACGUGAACCUCCACUGCGCCGCCACGGACUUCUCCACGGGUGCACUAGAUGCUGACCGAGCGGCUUGCGAGUUCGCUGCCAAGCUCGAGCUCCUGUCCUCCAAACUUUCCACAGAUGUACUUAGGUUCGCAAGCAUGGAGACUUGCUUCGGCGCCCUAACUUGUCUUUUUCUUCGGUUAGUGUGCGAUAGCGUUGGUUAG